GAUAUCGCGUGUGUAAUGGCGGGCCGUGUUGUUAGCAGUUGUCAGUAAAUAUCAAUUAUUACCGUAUAUCGAUAAAUAUUAGAUAUGUGACUCAAUAGCGAAUUAAUUAAUUACUUCUAUUAAAAAUUACACAACAUUAUUGUUUUAUGCGAGAUUAUUUGUUGAAGAACGUAAAAGAGAAAGAGCGAGAGAAAGAAGAAAGUAAGUUAUGAAUAACGCUGAGGAGAAUUCAGAAGGUAGUAAUGACUCUUCUCCGCCAAAACGAAUUAAAGAUACGCCCUUUCAGUCUGCCUUUAGCAACUUAAAAAAAUCCGAGUUUUUUAAAGAACCAAUUUCAAAUUCUACACUUGAAACUUCAACUGCAACAAUUUCUGGUAGAACCAAUGCUGUUCUUGUUAGUCCAAAACAGAAAGGAAAUCCAUUAUUAAAAUUUAUAACCAAUGUUCCAUGGGAAUUUUCAAACAUUGUGCCAGAUUAUGUAAUGGGAAGAACUGUUUGUGCACUUUUUUUAUCAAUCCGUUAUCAUCAAUUGAAUCCUGAUUAUAUCCACGAAAGACUCAAGUCGCUAGGCAAUGCUUAUAAUCUACGAGUACUCUUGGUACAGGUAGAUAUUGCCGAUCCUCAUCAUGUCUUGAAACAUUUAACAAGGAUAUCUAUUCUCGCUGAUAUGACGAUAAUGUUGGCAUGGAAUGCAGAAGAUGCUGGGAAAAUUAUUGAAACAUAUAAAAGAUACGAAGUUAAACCACCCGACGAUAUCAUGGAACGCAGCGAUAGUGCACCUCAUCAAAAGUUGAUCGGUGCCUUAACCACAGUAAGAUCCGUUAAUAAAACAGACGCAAUGACUCUGUUGUCAACGUUUGGCACCUUGGACGAUAUAGUGAGAGCGCAACCGAAUACUUUGGCCCUGUGCCCGGGAUUCGGUCUGCAUAAAGCUCAGAAACUUUAUAAAGCAUUACACGAGCCAUUCCUGCGCAGUUCGAAAUGAACGAAAUACUUUUGUACAUAGGGCGGCUGAAUAUUGUCGCAUUAAUAUUUAAGCAAAUUGAAAUAACUAAUUGUGUAAAUAAAAAAUUAAU